AUGAUUUUAUCUAACCGUUUUUAUUCCACUAAAGCUUGCAGGUUAAAGUCAUCAGCUCAGCUUCUAGUGCGACAAGAUUUACCUAAAUUGGCUUACCACAAGCUUAAAGGCAAAAGUCCUGGAGUAAUUUUCCUGCCUGGUUAUUCAUCAGACAUGAAUGGCCAUAAAGCACUGGCGCUCGAAGAUUUCUGCAAAUCCCUGGGUCACUCGUUUAUCAGGUUUGAUUACACAGGAUGUGGCAGUUCAGAAGGAAAUAUUAAGGAGUGUACAAUAGGAAAAUGGAAGAAAGAUGUACUUUCUAUUCUAGAUGAUGUGUCUGAAGGACCCCAGAUAUUAGUUGGUUCAAGCAUGGGAGGAUGGCUGAUGUUGCUUGCUGCACUGGCUCGUCCAGAAAAAACUGCAGCCCUUGUUGGUGUCGCACCUGCUGCAGACUAUUUUGUAACUGCAUUUAAUCAACUUCCAUCAGAGGAAAAGAAGACUGCUGAAGAAACAGGGGAAUGGAAAUUACCUUCAAAGUAUAGUGAAUCUGGAUUUUACAGCAUACCUUAUUCUUUUCUUAAAGAAGCUGAAAAUCAUUGCAUUUUAAAUAGUCCUAUACCUGUAACAUCUCCUGUUCGACUUCUCCAUGGCAUGAAAGAUGAAGAUGUGCCAUGGCAUGUAUCCUUGCAGAUCGCUGACCGAGUUAUUAGUACAGACGUAGAUGUCAUUCUUCGUAAACACGGUCAACAUCGGAUGAGUGAGAAAGAUGACAUUAAACUUUUAGUGUAUACAAUUGAUGAUUUAAUUGAUAAACUUAUAACACUAGGAUAA